AUGCUCGUGCCACAAGAUCACGUUAGUCGAAAGAUUACAGACACGUAUUAUGUUGAUAAACAUCGUGUAUUGCGUGCACAUACAAGUGCACAUGAAGUGGCAAUGAUGAAAAAGGGAUAUACAUCGUUUCUUAUCUCAGGUGAUGUCUACCGUCGUGAUGAGAUUGAUGCAAGUCAUUACCCAGUAUUUCAUCAGAUGGAAGGUGUACGCAUUUAUUCAGAGCUUGAUACAGCAAUGUCACGUCAUGACAAGGUGACGUUUGUGAAAGAAAAAUUAAAGAAAACACUGGAAGGCAUGACAAAGGAACUCUUUGGGGAUGUGGAAAUGCGCUGGGUAAAAGCGUAUUUUCCUUUUACGGAUCCGUCACUUGAGCUAGAGAUUUUUUUCAAUGGGGAUUGGCUUGAGGUGCUUGGAUGCGGGGUCUUGCAGCAGGAGAUUGUGCGCAGCGCUGGCCUGGGUGAGAACGUCGGUUGGGCCUUUGGUCUUGGUCUCGAACGCCUUGCCAUGGUACUCUUUGAUAUCCCGGAUAUUCGUCUCUUCUGGUCCCAAGACAAGCGCUUUUUGUCGCAAUUUAAGGACGGUCAGAUCACCAAGUUUAAGCCGUACAGCAAGUACCCUGCUUGCUUCAAGGAUGUGAGCUUCUGGCAUGAUGCUGAUUUCCACGAAAACAACCUAUGCGAAGUUGUGCGCGACAUUGCUGGUGAUAUGGUUGAGCGAGUGGCUGUCGUGGAUGAGUUUACGCACCCGAAGACUCAACGCCAGAGCAAAUGUUACCGCAUCACGUACCGUCACAUGGACCGCAACCUGACAAAUAGCGAGGUUGACGACAUUCAGGCGAUCGUGCGUGGCAAAAUCGUGAAAGAUCUUGGUGUUGAGCUCAGAUAG